AAACAUGUAUAUAUAUACAUGUAUAUAUAUAAGAGAGUCUAGUCUUCAGAGAGUGCAGAGAGGAAAAACCUAGGGGAUCAUGGUGCAGGAGAUGCCAUUCCCGUAAUAUUCGGAACCAAGGAAGGGCAAAACAGGCAGAUUCUCCGAGAAAUAUAAUUAAGGCUUCGGCUAUCUCAAAGGUCCGACCAAAAGAUCCACCGGAAGAAGAACCCUUGAUUUUACCAAAAAAAAUGGUGUUUUUACCGUCGUUUUUGGACGGACUUGCAAGAAAUGCGUCCAUGAAGAGAAGAAAGAAUAUAAUGGAAGAGGAGAGAGGAAAAUAUAUAGCAGAAGAGAUGGCGAAAGAGGCAAAGAAGAAGGCAACUGCUUGUUCUUCAGGCACUGUCCGGUCGGAAUGUUCCAAGAGAUUCGCUUCUGUCUUUUCUCAGAGAGGAGAAAAAGGGAUUAACCAAGAUCGUGCUAUUGUCUGGGAGGGAUUUGGAUGCCAAGAUGACAUAAUAUUCUGUGGGAUGUAUGAUGGGCAUGGACCAUGGGGGCAUGUUAUAGCCAAAAGGGUGAAAAGGUCUUUUCCAUCUUCUCUGUUGUGCCAUUGGCAACAGAUCCUGUCUUCGUCGCCGGAAUAUUCUUCUCCGUUCGAUAUAUGGAAGGAAUCUUACCUGAAAGCAUUCUCAGCCGUCGAUCUUCACCUUAAACUCCUUCCGUCCAUUGAUUCUUACCGCAGUGGUUGCACCGCUCUCUCCGCUGUCCUUCAGGGCAACCAUCUUGUUAUAGCAAACGCUGGUGAUUCACGGGCAGUAAUUGCAACGAAUUCGGGAUUUGGUUACGGUUUGGUGCCGGUUCAGCUCUCGGUAGACUUUAAACCGAACAUUCCCGAGGAAGCAGAACGAAUAAAGAAAUCGGAGGGAAGAGUGUUGUGCCGAGAAGAUGAACCGGGGAUAUACCGGAUGUGCAUGCCAAACCGAGAUUCACCCGGUUUAGCCGUUUCAAGGGCUUUUGGAGAUUACUGUCUCAAGGAUUUCGGUUUGAUCUCCAAACCGGAUGUAACGUACCGAGAGAUAACCGACAAGGACCAAUUUCUGAUACUGGCCACUGAUGGGGUAUGGGAUGUGAUGUCAAACGAGGAAGCAGUAGAGAUAGUGGUGGGUUCGGUUACAGACAGGACAAAGUCGGCGAAGAGAUUGGUGAAGAGAGCUACUCGGCUUUGGCAGAAGAAGAGGAGAGACGUCGCCAUGGAUGACAUUUCUGCUCUCUGCCUCUUCUUUCACCCCUAAACCCUAACUCAUAUGCUUGACCCCACAAAAAUCAACCACGUACCCAUCCAUAUACAUACAAUUUUUUAAUGUACUCGUCGUUAUAUACGUGUGUGUGUGUGUGUGUGUGUGUGUGUAUAUAGAGAGAUAUAAGCAAUGUUUCUGUUUUUCUAAAACCUCAAAAUCCAGUAAUUUUAAGCAAAAUGGAUUUUUACUAAAUUGAAGGAAACAAAUACAGAGCUGAGCUGGCACCCAAAACAGUGAAACUUUGCUUCUGCAUUUA